GCCCGAGCUGACGGAGAAGAAGCGCUCCAUCGACAUGCACACGAACAUCGCCACGGCUCUGCUCCAGGAAAUCAAGGAGAGGGACCUGGCGAACUACUACGAGAUGGAGGACCGCUUUGCAUCGCAGUCCACGAGCACGUCGGUGUCCCAGCUCGAGCAGCUGUUCCCGGACAGCCAGCGCGGGAGCAGAGACGACAAGACGCGGGCGCUGAUGAGCCUCUAUCUCAGCAAGCCCUCCAUCCCGCCCGCCCAGCUGCAGGCGCUGAAGGAGGCGCUCACGAGGGCGGGCGGCGACGAGGCUGGCAUCGCCUACCUGGAGCACCUGUCUAGCAUCAGGAACAUGAUGAUGCCGAGCGCAGCGGCGCCGACCACCUCGGGGCCGGCUGGGGGCUCCCUGGGCGGGGCGUUGGGCAGCUUGGCCAACACCUUCAUGUCCAAGGGCGAGGAC